AUGACAGUUUUAGUUGACGAAAAUAUCCUCAAUGGUAGUCCAUCUCAUUUAAUCCCUGAUAAAGUUAUCAAUGGAGAAAUCAAAGAAUUAGUUCAAAACUUAGAAGCUACUCCUAAAUUUGAUCCUCAUGCUACAUUCGAUCCUGAAAAACAUAUAUUAUUCAAAGAUGAAGACUUUGGUAAGUUCAAAAUCUUAAAAUUAAGUGAAUUAGGAAUCAAUAAGACUCAUGUACCAACUAUUAGUGAUACUGGUGUUACUAAUCCUUUCCCAUUAUUUACCAAAGAAGCUUGUAACAUCAUGAAAUGGGAAGCUUUUCAAGUUGAAAGUUUGAAAAAGUAUGGUAGAUUACCUAAAUUAGCUAAAAACUCCACCAAUUUAGAUUUCCAAAUUUGUGGAUAUAUCAAACAAGCUCCUUUCACUUAUGCUGCUUGGACUCAUCCAAGAACUCAAGAAAUCAUCGAUAAAAUUGCUGGUGUUAAGUUGAAAAUCAUGUUCGAUUAUGAAAUCGCUCAUAUUAAUGCAUCCUUGAUUAAUAAAGAUUACCCAGUUGGGGAAAAAUUAGGUAAAGAGGGUAAUUUAGAAGAUUCCGUAUAUGACUGGCAUUAUGAUUCUAAUUCAUUUGUCAUUGUGUUAAUGUUAUCUACCAAUGAUGAAAUGAUUGGUGGUAAAACUGGAUUAAAAGAUGGUGAUGAAAAAAUUGUUACUGUUGAUGAUCCAAAAAUUGGUUACGCUACAAUCUUACAAGGUAGAGUUAUCAAACAUAUUGCUACUAAACCAAUUACCAACCAUGAAAGAAUCAGUUCAGUUGUUGGUUAUAUUCCUGAUGAUAUUGAAGUUCCUGAUACUACUGUAUUAACCUCAUUCAAACCAUCAGUUUUACCAAGAUCAAUUCAUGAUGAAUAUUAUCCUGAAUGGUGUGAAUAUAGAUUCAAGAGAAUUGAAGCUAUGUUAAAAAACAAAAGAGAACAAUUAUUCAAAGCUGAAGGUCAUUUUGAUCAAGAAGGAUUCAUUGACUUCUGUAAAGGUGUUGAAGAUUACUUACAAAAGACAUGGAAUGAAUUUGAAGUCUGUGGUGAAAAAGAACAUCCCCCAAAGAUCUAUUCAGUUCCAUAUAAAGAUUUAUGA